AUGAGUUGGCAAAAUAGUGGCAUGCAAGCCCUAAUCCCAGUUAUUAACAAACUGCAGGAUGCUUUUGCUCAACUGGGUACUCCUCUUAAUUUUGAUUUACCUCAAAUAGCUGUUGUUGGUGGGCAGUCGGCUGGUAAAUCAUCUGUAUUAGAAAAUUUUGUUGGUAGAGAUUUUCUUCCUCGUGGUUCUGGAAUUGUUACUAGACGCCCACUGAUUCUUCAACUUAUUCAGGAUCGUGCUGAGUAUGCUGAAUUUCUUCAUAAAAAAGGUCAUAAAUUUACUGAUUUUGAUGCUGUUAGAAAAGAAAUUGAAGAUGAGACUGAUCGUAUAACUGGUCAAAAUAAGGGAAUUUCUGCUAUUCCAAUUAAUCUUCGAGUGUUCUCUCCACAUGUACUUAAUUUGACAUUAAUUGAUUUACCAGGAUUAACAAAAGUACCAGUUGGUGAUCAACCUCCAGAUAUUGAAAAUCAAAUAAGAGAAAUGAUUCUUACAUUUAUUAGUAGAGAAACAUGUUUAAUUCUUGCAGUAACUCCUGCUAAUAGUGAUCUUGCUACAUCAGAUGCUUUAAAAUUAGCUAGAGAAGUUGAUCCUCAGGGAUUAAGAACAAUUGGUGUAUUGACAAAACUUGAUCUUAUGGAUGAGGGAACAGAUGCAAGAGAUAUUCUUGAAAAUAAAGUAUUUACAUUAAGACGUGGAUAUGUAGGUGUUAUUAAUCGUUCACAGAAAGACAUAGUUGGAAGAAAAGAUAUUAGAGCAGCACUUGAUGCUGAAAGAAAAUUUUUUUUAUCCCAUCCAGGUUACCGUCAUAUGGCAGAUCGUUUAGGAACACCUUAUCUUCAAAAAACACUUAAUAUACAAUUAACAAAUCAUAUUAAAGAUACUUUACCCGGUCUUAGAGAUUCACUUCAAAAAAAACUUUUUGCUUUAGAAAAAGAUGUAGCUGAGUAUAAAAAUUUUCAACCAAAUGAUCCUAGUAGAAAAACAAAAGCACUUAUGCAAAUGGUACAAUGUUUUGCCGUUGAUAUGGAAAGAAGUAUUGAAGGAAGUAAUUCUAAAUUAGUAUCUACUAACGAAUUAUCUGGUGGAGCCAGAAUAAAUAGACUUUUUCAUGAAAGAUUUCCAUUUGAAAUUAUUAAAAUGAAUAUAGAUGAAAAAGAAAUGAGACGUGAAAUUCAAUAUGCCAUUAGAAAUAUUCAAGGUAUUCGUGGUGGUCUUUUUACCCCAGAUAAAGCUUUUGAAGCUAUUGUAAAAAAACAAAUUGAAAGGUUAAAGGAACCUUCAAUGAAAUGUGUAGAUCUUGUAGUUAGUGAAUUAUCAACUGUGGUACGUCAAUGUUCUGAAACAGUAACACGUUACCCAAAACUUAGAGAUGAAAUUGAAAGAAUUGUCACUACAUUUAUAAGAGAAAAAGAAAAUAUAACAAAAACACAUAUAAAUAUGUUAGUUGAAUUUGAAUUAGCAUACAUGAAUACUAAUCAUGAAGACUUUAUUGGUUUUUCAAAUGCUGAAGCUAAGGCAAAUUCUGCUACUCCAAAACAAAAACUUGGAAAUCAAGUUAUACGUAAAGGAUGGUUGACAGUUCACAAUUUAAGUUUUGUCAAAGGUUCUCGUGAAUGUUGGUUUGUUUUAUCAAGUGAUAAUCUUAGUUGGUAUAAAGAUGAUGAAGAAAAAGAAAAGAAAUAUAUGCUUCCAUUGGAUGGAAUUAAACUUAAAGAUUUAGAAGCUGGAUUUAUGAGUAGACAACAUAAAUUUGCUCUUUUUUAUCCAGAUGGAAGAAAUAUUUACAAAGAUUACAAACAAUUAGAACUUUCAACUGCUAACCUUGAUGAAGUUGAUGCAUGGAAAGCCAGCUUUUUAAGAGCUGGAGUUUACCCAGAAAAGGAACAUGUUCCUGAUAGUGAAGAAACUGUUAAUGAAAUUGAUACUUCUAUGGAUCCACAAUUAGAAAGACAAGUAGAAACUAUACGAAAUUUGGUUGAUUCAUAUAUGCGUAUUAUUACAAAAACAAUUCGUGAUCUUGUACCAAAAGCAAUAAUGCAUCUUAUUGUAAACAAGGUUGGAGAAUUUCUUAGAGAUGAGUUACUUGCUCAUCUUUAUCAAUGUGGUGAUACUGAUACAUUAAUGGAAGAAUCUCAGUUAGAAGCACAAAAACGUGAAGAUAUGCUUAGAAUGUAUCAUGCUUGUAAAGAAGCACUUAAAAUAAUUAGUGAAGUUAACAUGAGUAAUUUAGAAAAUUUAUCAAUUUCAAAUAAUGUUGUAAGUCAACCAAUGGGAGGAAAUUAUAUGGGUUAUGGUGGAGGCCCUCAAAUAAAUAGAUCCGCUCCUGCUCCACCACCGGGUGCAAGACCAGCUCCUAUGCCACCAAGGCAAAUGGGUAACAUGGCUCCCCCAAACAGACCAAUGCCUGCUCCUCCAGGAAUGAUGGGAGGAAAUGCACCACCACCACCACGUAUUCCCGAACGUCCUCGAAUUCCAAAUCGACCAUACUAG